AUGUCUUUAUCUCAACCUAAACUUACUUAUAAGGCUUAUGCUUACAAGAAUGGAAACAACCCAAUCAAAGUUGUUGAAGAAACAAUUGAUUUAGUGAAAAACCCCCUGGGUCAGGGAUACAUUGCCCCACCAGGCAAAAUUUUACUCAAAAUCAACUAUGCAUCCUUAAAUCCCGUCGAUUACAAAUUAUACAAAGUUAAACCAUCAUUUAUUGGUUUGUUCAACUCCAAGCAAGGCUUUGGUCGUGAUUUUGGUGGUGAAGUUUUAUCAAUCGGUGAAGGAACCAAGACCAAUUUGAAAAUUGGUGAUUAUGCUGAAGGUAUCUAUACUCCGAUGUUUAGUAAAGGAUCAGCUGCUGAGUAUUUAUUAGUGGAUCCUAAGAAUUCACCCAUUACCAAUAAACCAGCAAAUAUCGAUGUUGCUCAAGCUUCUUCAUUUCCAUUGGUUUUGGGGACAGCCAUGCAAAUGUGUUCGAGAGGUGGAAUCAAAUUUCCCCAAAGUAAAGUCCUUGUCAUUGGUGCUGGUACUUCAGUUGGUAGAUAUGCUGUUCAAUUAGCUAGAAAUGGUGGCGCAAAAGAAGUUGUCACCACCAAUUCCGCUAGAACUUCCGACUUGAUUCAAAGUUUGGGUGCCACGUCUCAAAUUGAUUAUCGUAAAAACCCCAAUUUAUUAACACCAGUAUUAGAAAGUGUUAAAUCUACUGGACAAUUCGACUACAUUAUUGAUUGUUGGGGUGGAAGUGAUUUGUUCCCUGAAAUCAACACGAUUUUAAGAAAAGGAGGUGUUUACAAUACCAUUGUUGGAGAUGCGCCAGGAACCGGGUUAGCUGCGCUUCUCGGUGGUGCCAAAUCAGUUACAAGAACAAUUGGUUCAAAGUUGGGAUUUUUGAAUUAUACUUAUGAAUUAAUGUUGUUGGACAAUAAUGCCGGUUGGAUUGAUGAAGCUAGAGACUUAGUUGGUAAUGGUGAAGUGAAAAUUUUUAUCGAUUCAAUUUGGCCAUUUGAUCAAUUGAAUGAAGCUAUUGAAAAAUUAGAAAGUGGUACAGCCCAAGGAAAAAUCGUAUUGGAGGUGUCUAAGAGUAGUAGUAGUAGUAGUAAUACUUCUACUUCAGAGGCUGGCUCUGUAAAUGGAUCCAACACAAAUCCAUUUAAAUAA